AUGGUGGAGGCAGAGCCACUGGCGCCGCUGCCGGCAGACAGCGAGAGCGACUGGGUUGCGGCGAUGGCCACGGUCGCCUGCGAGCUCCAUGCCGCAUUCUCCUACUUCAAUUGGACUGGUUUCUAUCAAGCACUGCUGGGGGCAACAGCAGCAGAGAACUCAAUAGAGAGGAGGAUGCUAGUGAUUGGGCCGUACCAAGGUGGACUCGCAUGCCUGCGCAUCCCGUUUGGCAAGGGCGUGUGCGGCACUGCGGCCCAGACCCGCCAGACGCAGCUGGUCCCAGACGUGCACCUGUUCCCGGGGCAUAUUGCCUGCGCCUCCAGCACCCAGUCGGAGAUUGUGGUGCCUGUUCUUGGCCCAGGCGAGCAGCUGCUAGCAGUGUUGGAUGUAGACUCAGACUUGCCAGCUGCAUUCACCCAGGUUGAUGCCGAGUGGUUGGAGAAGGUGUGUGGGCGGCUGGGGGCGCAGCACUGGGCCACCGGCCUCUGA